AUGCAGCUCCUAUCCUUCUCCUUCGUACUGCUGGCGGCAUUGGGUGCUCAGGCCCUGCCUGCUAAAGAGGGCACUGUUGGACUGCUUGCACUAGGCCAAUGUACUGCCUUUGAAGGCCAGUGUCUUGUCAACGGCCGUCGCGAAAUCUGCAAUAUCGGAAAGUGCUCUGGUGUUAACACCAACUGCGAUAAUGACGGCGGUAUUGUUAGUUGCAGCUAA